CCCAACGUGUGGCGGCUCGCGACCCCCGGCAACCCGGGGAAGGUCGGCGGAGCGGCCCGCGCCAGCGAGUGAGUACCUGCCGACUGUGCACAGCUCCGCCCGCCCCUCCCUGCCUCCUUCUCUUCCUCAGCGGGUCCGUGGCCCACUCCUCUCCGGGAGGGGCGCCUCCCGACGCCGAGACAAAAGGAUGCCACGGAGAAAGAAAAAAGUUAAAGAAGUCUCCGAAUCUCGGAACCUGGAGAAGAAGGAUGUGGAAACUACCACUUCUUUCAGUGUGAAGAGGAAGCGUAGACUUGAGGAUGCAUUCAUUGUGAUAUCCGAUAGUGAUGGAGAGGAACCAAAGGAGGAAAAUGGAUUGCAGAAAAUGAAGACAAAACAGUCAAAUAGAGCAAAGUGUUUGGCCAAAAGAAAAAUUGCACAGAUGACAGAAGAAGAACAGUUUGCUCUGGCUCUCAAAAUGAGUGAGCAGGAAGCUAGGGAAGUGAACAGCCAGGAGGAGGAAGAAGAGGAGCUCUUGAGGAAAGCCAUUGCUGAAAGCCUGAAUAGUUGCCGGCCUUCUGAUGCUUCUGCUACCAGAUCUCGACCUCUGGCCACUGGACCAUCUUCCCAGUCCCACCAAGAGAAAACCACAGACUCUGGGAUCACUGAAGGCAUAUGGCAGCUGGUACCUCCAUCACUGUUUAAAGGCUCACAUAUCAGUCAGGGAAACGAGGCUGAGGAAAGAGAGGAGCCUUGGGACCACACUGAAAAAACUGAAGAGGAGCCGGUCUCUGGCAGCUCAGGAAGCUGGGACCAGUCGAGCCAGCCAGUGUUUGAGAAUGUGAACGUUAAAUCUUUUGACAGAUGUACUGGCCACUUGGCUGAGCACACACAGUGUGGGAAGCCACAGGAAAGUACUGGGAGGGGUUCUUUUCUCAGAGCUGCCCAGGGUAGCGGGGACACAUCUAGGCACUGUCUGCCUACCCUAGCAGAUGCCAAAGGUCUCCAGGACAUUGGGGGCACUGUGAACUACUUCUGGGGUAUUCCAUUCUGCCCUGAUGGAGUAGACCCUAACCAGUAUACCAAGGUCAUUCUCUGCCAGUUGGAGGUUUAUCAAAAGAGUCUGAAAAUGGCUCAGAGGCAGCUCUUAAAAAAAAAAGAUUUUGGGGAACCAGUGUUACCUAGACCUCCUUCUCUGAUCCAGAAUGAAUGUGGCCAAGGAGAGCAGGCUAGUGAAAAAAAUGAAUGCAUCUCGGAAGAUAUGGGAGAUGAAGACAAAGAGGAGAGGCAGGAGUCUAGGGCAUCUGACUGGCACUCAAAAACCAAGGAUUUCCAGGAAAGCUCAAUUAAAAGCUUGAAAGAGAAACUUUUGUUGGAGGAAGAACCAACAACCAGUCAUGGUCAGUCUUCCCAAGGGGUUGUUGAAGAAACUUCUGAAGAGGGAAACUCUGUACCUGCUUCACAAAGUGUUGCUCCUUUGACCAGUAAGAGAAGCUUAGUCCUUAUGCCAGAGAGUUCUGCAGAAGAAAUCACUGUUUGUCCUGAGACGCAACUAAGUUCCUCUGAAACUUUUGACCUUGAAAGAGAAGUCUCUCCGGGUAGCAGAGAUAUCUUGGAUGGAGUCAGAAUAAUAAUGACAGAUAAGGAGGUUGGUAACAAGGAAGAUGCUGAGAAGGAAGUACCUAUUUCUAUCUUCUCAUCCAGUAACCAGGUAUCCUGCCCGCUGUGUAACCAAAGCUUUCCACCCACAAAGAUUGAACGACAUGCCAUGUACUGCAAUGGUCUGAUGGGAGAAGAUACAGUGGUUCAGCUUAAGACUUUUUCAUAUCCUGCUGUUAGUGAAAUAUUGUGCUGGAUGCUGAGGGUGAGGAGGAGCGGCCCAAAAGACCCAAAAGAUGUAUUGACUCGGAGACAAAAAGAGGCCAAGACCAAGAGUGACAGUGGGACAGCUGCCCAGACUUCUCUAGACAUUGACAAGAAUGAGAAGUGUUAUCUCUGUAAAUCCCUGGUCCCAUUUAGAGAGUAUCAGUGUCAUGUGGACUCCUGUCUCCAGCUUGCAAAGGCUGACCAAGGAGAUGGGCCUGAAGGGAGUGGAAGAGCAUGUUCAACUGUGGUGGGGAAGCGGCAGCAGAGGCUGCGGAACCCAAAGGAAAAAGGCCACAGUGAAGGCCGACUCCUUAGUUUCUUGGAACAGUCUGAGCACAAGACUUCAGAUGCAGACAUCAAGUCUUCAGAAACAGGAGCCUUCAGGGUGCCCUCACCAGGGAUGGAAGAGGCAGGCUGCAGCAGAGAGAGGCAGAGUUCCUUCACACAUCGUAACUUAAAUGAAUCUCCCAUCAAGUCUUUUGUUUCCAUUUCAGAAGCCACAGAUUGCUUAGUGGACUUUAAAAAGCAAGUUACUGUCCAGCCGGGUAGUCGGACACGGACCAAAGUUGGCAGAGGAAGAAGGAGAAAAUUCUGAAUUUCUAGGGUCCAAAAGUUGACAAAGCCAUUAGUAGGAGGGGUGGGCCAUGUUCGUUAAGCCAUAGUGGUCCCUAGUUCAUUGUUGAGCAAGUUUCAGCCCUGCAGUGUCCACCACCAGCACCCCCUCAGCAUUCUGGUUUUAUGUUUUUUAUGACCUAUGCAGACAACUGUGUAUAGUAUUCUGUUUUAUAACAGUUUUUCUGAAUUCACUUACAGUUAAAAAUUUAAAUAUAUUUAUGUUUGUAUGAAA